AUGGCAGGAAUUGACAAGAUUGUCAUCCCGCAACUUGGAGGUGAGAAUUGGUCGGUAUGGAGGGCCAAGUUCCGAGCCCUUCUUGAGUACAAAGGGUUGUAUAUUGCUAUUGAGCAACCGGAGUCGGUGGAAGGAAGAAAAGCAUUGGGGCAAGCAAAGGCUUUGAUGAUCCUCCACACUCAAGAUGCCGAUGUAAAGUUGUUCAUUGGGAAGUCCGCGGCUGCCAAAGCUUGGAAGAAGCUUGAGGAGAACUUUGAGAAGACAAGCAACGCGAGGGUUGUCCAACUUAGGAAGAAGUUGACAAGCUUGACGUUGACCCGAGAGAAGAGCAUUGCGGAGUACGUGGGAGAGUUCCGCGAGAUUAAGAAGAAGCAAAAGUUGAAGUUGGAAGAGGAGCUCGGAGCUCCGGAGGAGAAGGAGGAGGAGAGUAUGGGGAAGGCGUUUGUUGCCAACCGGGAACGGUAUGAGACCGUUAACAAGGGGUCAAAUGAGCGGGGUGAUUUUACCGGAGGGGUGAGGCGUGAAGGUGGUCCCGACGCGAGGACGUGCUAUGCUUGCGGAGAGAAGGGCCACGUCCGGGCCCAUUGCCGGAAGCGGAACGCGAAGUGCUUCAAUUGUGGGGAGAGGGGCCACAUAAGCUCGGUGUGCAGGAAGCCCUGGGGUGGUGCAAAGAGCGGCGGUGAGGACCGCCCGGACGGGAAGGAGUUUGCCGGUGUGGCGUUUACAACGUGGCGCAAAGAGGCGCGGGUGCCGGCGAAUGUGUAG